AUGGCCGCCGCUACUGUCCAAUCUCAGAGCUCCUUCGUCGAGACUUCACGGCCCUCGAGCUCUAAUGUCUUAUCCUCAGUCCGGGAGAAACCUCAUGACGUCCACACGACAUUGAACUUCGUGAAAGUCAUGCCGGAUGGCUCCCAUCUCGCUCCGAAUUACGUUGGCCGGCCAGAGACGUACGACAGACCCGUGGAAGCCCUACCAGUCAUAAUUCACGACGUCAGUGGUCGAGAACUCGAAUACACACUCGAUAGCCACGGAUUCCAGUUUUACUAUCAUGAAAGCCGGACGAAGAACUUUGAUGAUAACGAUCAAGUAAGGAGCGAGUACUAUCCAGAGACGGAGCAGUUGCUUAAGGAUGCAACCGGUGCUUCUCGAGUGUUUAUUUUCGAUCACACUAUCCGGCGACAGACCAAGAAUGAUGGUGUUCCCGAGUCCGAGAGGCGAGGACCGGUGCAGCGUGUCCAUAUCGACCAAUCCUACGACGCGGCCAAGGAGCGCGUCCUGUAUCAUCUCCCCGAGGAUGCACCGGAACUUCUCAAGGGGAGAUAUCAGAUUAUCAACGUCUGGCGGCCCAUUAAAACCAUAUUGAAGAGCCCCUUGGCAGUCGCGAACGCGCAUUCCGUAUCCGACAGCGAUAUCCUCCCCGUCAAGCUCAUAUACCCUAAUAGGGUUGGGGAGACAUGUACGGUCAAGCCGAAUCCUAAUAUCGAGUGGUACUACCGGUAUGGACAAACCCCAGACUUGGUCACCUUGAUCAAAUGUUUCGAUUCUAAGACCGAUGGCCGGGCCCGGAGGGUCCCGCACUCUGCCUUUGUCGAUCCGGCGACGGAGCAUGAAGCCCCCCGGGAAAGUAUCGAAGUUCGCGCCCUUGUUUUCCAUCCUGACGAUAGGGAGUGA